AGGGCAUUGUCAGCAAAGUACAUGUCUGUAAACCGUUUGGGUAAUAACCGUGCAGAAUCACUGGGGUGUACGCCAAUUUACUCAUCAAUAUGGCUUUGAGGGCGUAUUCCACUAGUGUUCUGGUGUUUGCCUGUUUCCUUCUCAUCAAAGCGGGAUAUUGUCUCAGCAUAAGUGAAAAGAGAUACGAGGCGAGGUUGAAGGUAGACAAUCUGAACACCAGCAGUGUUGUCCAGCAUAGUAUUCCCUCCCACCCGUUCCUGGUCACGAGUUCAGACCCGCUCUUGUAUCGGGGAGAAGAAGAUCCGGUGGUGGGGGUCAAACUCAAAGGCCCCAAUCUCCGCGAGGUUAUCUCCAAUAUGACCUUGGACAUCCAGUACAAGGCCGAAACGGAAGAUGGAAGCGAGGUCAGGGAGAUAAAAUGUGAUCUAAAAGAUGAAAGAGACAAAGUCUGCUCUUCUUUCGUAAAAAAGGAAUAUUGGAGCUCGAUGGACGUCGACAUCGUGAUUAAAUCAUCCGAGAUUCAGCCAAUUGGCUUGACGAGGAUUAGCUCAAACACGGAAGCACGAGACCAGCUAGUGACCAAUGUUCAACUCUCAAAGGUCAUCAGCAUACGUCACGUCGAUCUCCCAGAACCAUACCCUGCUGAUGUAGGCAGAGUAGAAGUGACCACAUCCGGAUGUAAAUAUUUCGGCGACAGAUGUGAGGUUAUGUGCAAGGUUUACGGACGCAGAUUCACGAAUCCGAAAAUGUACAGAUCUCGGUCGAAAUACUCUCGAGAAAAUCUCUCUUCGGUCUUAUAUAAGGUCAGCGCGUCAAGCCUAACUUACGUUACAACAAUGAGGGUACCAGAUAUAAGAUCGGGCGUAAGAGCAGAGAAUGUGACAUGCUUGUCCCACAGCUCCAAAAACUACACAAUAGUGUACAACAGAACAACAACCAUCACUUACAAGGGAGAAGCCAGAUUUUCCAAGUAUGACAGCUACGUUCAGCAGAGCGAAACGUACACUCGCCUCGUAUGCACGAUCGUAGGCUAUCCUCUACCAGAUGUUAGUGGAGUUUUGGUUAAUACAAACGGAACCAUUAUACCUUCCAGCAACGAAACUGUCGUUCGGACAAGCGAAGUCGAGCAGAGAUAUGCAUAUUUAUUCGAAAUCGACGCCUCCACAAACAGUGACGUCACUGGUUUAUGCGAGGCUAGCAAUAACACGGCGAAGGUUGCCGAGCUAAAGGUGACAGAUAUCUACGUCAUCCACCAAGACUAUGGAGACUACCCUAACUACUAGAGGCCACCACAAUGUGGGUGGUUGGAGGGUGUCCUGAUGUAGUUUCCUUUAUCUUUUCUGUCAAACAUCGUUCGUCCUUAUCUACCCUCUAUGGUGGAGCUAUUUCUAUAACUAUGUUGGUACCAUAGAGAAACUAUCGCUGUACAAAAGAAAAGCUAUCACGGUAGAAUACCACGUAAGAGCAAAGGCUAUGACUAAGGCGUAGUACGGAGGAGUUAUAACUAUUAUAAUUAGGAUAGAUGCAUGGUGCAGCUAUUACUACAACUAGGGAACACUAACAGGAAGCUUUUACGAUACCGACUUGCUGACAUCGCCGAGAGGACAACAUUCAUGACAUUUUCGAUGUAUCGGUACUGGUAUUUUCUAUUGGGUUAACCCUAGGAUAAAUAAUGGCGGGUCUCAUGGACCAAGCAACCCUUUAUAGUUUACACAGUUAGGGUUAGGGAUGUGGUUCAAGUCAGUGUUAAGUAAGGGUUAGGGUUAGCCAGGGGUUUACAGUUGGAGUUAACGUCUGGGUUAAAGUCAGGGUUUCAGAGUUAUUAAAACAUUUUAGUAUAAUUCUGAUUUUAGCUUUCAAGCAAAAAACAGUAAUUGACGGGCUAAAUAAGUAAAUGAUAUCAUGUUGGAUUCUAGUUAAAGGCUACAUAAUAUUACAAAUUAUUUACAACUCCGUUUUUGUCAAAGGUCAUAGAAUGAAAACCAACGCUCUCGCUCCUCUGAAGUGGAACGGAUAGGGGCACAUCAGAAGACUAUAUUGAAAUAAGAUAAGAUGAGACUUUUUCGAAAAUUUCCAGACGCUGGCAUAUUGGUUGGUGAUUCACCACACAUACGCGGGCACGCACACACACACAUGCACACACACAAACACACACACACACACAUACACACACACGCACACACACAUACACACACACACACACAAACAAACACACACACACACACACACACACACACACAUUCCAUACACACAUACUCAUUCAAAUAUCCUUGUUUCCAAAGAUAUACACAUAAACAUAAUGUACACACAAUAUGAAAUAUGUAUUGACAUAGGAAUCUUUUGAAACCAAAGUAUUAAACAUGUGACAUGCUGGAAGUCGA